CCACGGGAAGAGAAUUUGCGGGAGGUGGGACGAGGAGAGAUCUAAAAAUACGAUUGCAACGCGUUUGUAGUUGCAGCGGGACUUGAAUGCGGGUGUGCAUGUCAUGAAUGUAGGUGAGAUUGCGAGCGAGGAUGUCAUGUGGGUCCCCCCUUUUUCGUUGUAGGUGGCUGCAGCGGCCACCAAUCUCGGGCCGGAAUCCCGAUCCUUCUCUUACAUCCCAGAUCAUCACCGUGCUUCAGCUACAGACCAAGCCAGCUUGCCAAUUGCUCCCCACCUCGCUUCCAGCUCCCUUUCCUCGUCACUCAGAGCUCGUGUGUCGCUCCGUCGAGGUGAGAGCCUGCGUUGUGGUGGUGCAGUGCGCUUCCUGGUGUUCUGCGCUGUCUCGAGGCGCUUGGUACAGUGGAUGCUGGUGGUGUUCGUGCGGGCUCGCGGUAGAAAUCGGGUCACAGUCAAGGCGAAAAGUUAUCGGAAUGCGUGGAACCCAUGCACAAGGCCUGAAAUCGGGCUUUCAGCUCUUGGAUUUUUAGAGAUUGGUGGCUUGGAUGGAAAGUAUGAGGUAGUAAGCAGAGCGCACAGAAGGGAAGCACGUCAGUGAAGUUGUCUGAGGCUUGGGGUUUCUAGAAAUCUUUUGCAGCUGAAUACAGAAUUGUGCUCGAAUAGAGAUUCCACGGUGGAAUACAGGGAGGAUUUAGGGGUUAAAAGAUGAGACAGACGUGGCAGAAAUGGCAGAUUAUGGGAAAUGGGGCUCAGCUCAGCUAGGGGAGCAGCAGGUGGCUGCCAUGGCCUGGGAUCCCAGGCGCAACCACAAACGUUUCCAAAUUUUCUUCUUCAUUUUUUCUUUGUUCGUGUUCUCUCGUUUGAAGCCACUGCCAAGCGCCUCCGCCGCGACUCUGUGGUCAGACGCGAGCGCUUUGUAUGGACUCCGACAAGCUUGGAAUGCAACACCAGGGCUACUCCAGAACUGGACCUUGGGGUCCGAUCCAUGUUGGAAUCAGUGGAUGGGUGUUUCUUGCUUCCAAAAUUCAGUUAUUUCACUGAGGUUGGAUAAGUUCGGGAUCAUAGGAACUCUGUCCCCAGCGAUUGGCAGAAUGAGGAACCUUCUAUACUUAAAUAUAGCAAACAAUCCUGGGCUCACUGGAGCUAUCCCCGAGGAAAUUGGUGACUUGUUCCGCUUGUAUGCAUUAGACUUAUCCAACUGUAGUUUAUCUGGAAGGAUACCGGGGAGUCUGGGCAACUUGGGAAAUGCUAGCUAUAUAUAUCUGCAGGGAAAUCAGCUGAGUGGAGAACUACCUUACACCAUAGGUUAUCUAUCAAAACUUCUCGAGCUAUCUCUGGGGCGGAACAAUCUUAAUGGAAGCAUUCCUUUCUCCUCGCCUGACGGUUUCCCCGUCGGUUUAAACAAUUUGACAUCAUUGCUGACCUUGAAUUUGGAAAGGAACAAACUAAGUGGGAAAUUAUCUCCUUCUCUGGGCCAACUGCAGCGCUUAACAACAUUGCUUCUCCGGAGGAACAGUUUCAGUGGGUGCUUGUCCUGUGCCAUAUCGAAUGAAGGACUCUAUGGACUCGACAAUCUAACAGAGCUUGGUCAAAUUGACCUGAGUUUUAACUCUUUUGAGGGACCUAUUCCUGACUUUCUUCUGAAACUACCACUUAUCAAAAUUCUAAAUUUGAGUGCGAAUCGAUUUGCUGGAGUUCUGGAUGGUGGUCUACGAGCUUCCGGACGCGUGGAUAUUUACCUCGUCAAUAAUAACAUCUCCUCUAUUAUCAAUUUUCCAAGCCCGUUUAUUGAUCCAAAGCUUGGGGGCAAUUCCGUCUGCCAAGAUCAAUCGUUCCCUUUUGUUGAUAUCUGCACCUACGUUAGGUGUACACAUGGAAGCACUUCAUGGCAACAGCGAACGUCGUGUACCACCGUGUGCGAGAAGGACUCCGUUGCCCAUCCCACAAGUUGCAGCUGUUCUUAUCCCUACAGUUGCGACAUGUUCUUUGGCUGGUCGAAAACCUUUGGGCUUGACGGGGCUAGAAUUGGGCAUCUGAGGAGACGGCUUGCAUCUGAGCUGAAUGUGCUUUACGGAGAUGUGUGGAUAGAGAGCGCCACAUACAAGAACAUAAGUGAGCGGGAGCUCUUGGCGAAGGUCCUUUUUUUCCCACCUUCGCCAAAACAGCGUUGGGAUAAAGCUCAAAUCACUUCUCUAGAUGAUCGACUGGUGAACAAAACCAUCAAGCUUCUGGGCUAUGAUCCUUAUGGUCUUAUAUCAUCCAACCUUCGGACCCUCACAAACCCACUGAGUUCAGGAAGUGCGGACCCAAUCACGAAGCAACAGCCCAACCACAACUCUCUGCCUAUUGUGACGGGGGUUAUCGGAGGAUUCGUUGGUCUGGUGACGUUAAUAAGCCUUUUGAUAUGCUUUGUCAAACGGAGAAGAAUACCUUCUCCUCUCGAUAAUCAUGAAGAAAUAUUUGACCAUCUCAGCCCUGAUCAUUUUCCGAGCUGUCUCUUCUCUUACGAUGAGCUGAAAGCCUCGACGAGGAACUUCCACAGGGGGAAUAAGAUUGGGGAAGGGACCUUCGGCGCAGUUUAUAAGGGCACUAUGCGGGAUGGCAGUGAAGUAGCAGUGAAGGAGCUUCCAUCAAACAUCAAGCAGGAUAAUCAAGCGUUUCUCAACGAAGUGGAACUAAUCUCGGGCUUUCAACACAAGAAUCUCGUCAAGCUUCGUGGUUGUGGAAUCCGUAACAACAGCCGGUUGCUCGUCUAUGAAUAUGUCGAAAACAACUGCCUCGCCCAAGCCUUGUUUGGAAGCAAGGCAAUAUUGUUGGAGUGGCCGAUUCGGUACAACAUCGCCGUGGGGAUGGCCAAAGGGCUGGCAUGCCUCCACUCCAGAGGCCCUCAACGCCUUGCCCACGGAGACAUCAAAGCUAGCAACGUUUUGUUGGAUAGAUUCUUGGAGCCCAAGAUCGCAGACUUUGGUCUGGCUAGAAUGUGCCAAAACAACGAACGGAAAGUGCUCACCCGCAUUGAAGGAAAGAGGGGCUAUGUGGCACCAGAAUACGCUCGUUAUGGUCAACUUACAGCGAAGACGGAUGUCUUCAGCUUUGGUAUAAUAGCUCUGGAGCUUGUUUCCGGUCGAGAGAGUAUGAACCCCAAGUUCCCCCCGGAAGAGCAAUACCUUCUCUCUUGGGCAUGGAAUCUGUAUGAACAGAGACGUGUGAUGGACUUGGUGGAUCCCAAAGUGAAGGAGGGAUGUGACGAGGAGCAAGCCCUUCUGCUCAUCAAAGUGGCGCUCCUUUGCUCCCAAGGGGAAGGCUUCUCUCGCCCACACAUGGCCCGGGUGGUGACUUGGUUGUCUGGGGAUGCAGACAUCCCGGACAUUCCACAGCGACCGGAGUUUCUUGGAAUCGGUCUGACUGAUCCAAACAAAUCGAGAGCUCGUGGGACUGCCUUGACCACAUGGUGAUUUGAUGGAAAAGCUCCAGAGACUGCAAUUGACUUCUAUCGAUCCACCUCUUGAUUACUUCUUGUUCGGUGCUGGACCUGUUGUUCUUCCAUAGACAAAUUGGCUGCCAAGCUGUGUUGUGCUCGACUUCGAGAAGUUGCUGAGCCCAUGCAUCGUUCUUGCAACGAAAGAAACGUUAAAUUUGUCUCAUUGGGUCCGUCGGGACGGAGUCCGUUCACACCAUCUGAUAGCAGUGAUUCAAAAGCAUGAGGCACUUUCCGAACAAAGAGCAACACGAAUUGCGUGCUACGUGGUUAAAGCAAGCAGAUUAAGAAAGAGCACGAAUGCCCAGGCACUCGGCAGUUGUAAAAAUUCUUUUUGUAUAGUAUGCACUUCUUUAGGGUCCAAUUCAUGUGUAGUUUUGUCCCAAUCAUCCCAGCUAAAUUCUGCUCGUACUCGAGACGACCUUUGAAAUCCAUUUCCCGAAAAGAUAGGGUUGUGAGUUCUGAAUCUGCGGCGACCAGGUUCAUGUGACGACAGAGAUUAUUUAAUUUAAUUCGCUCACAGAGAUCUUACAUGUGAGCGAAUUAGCCGCUCUGGUAGUCAAUUUCACGAGACAAUGUGUUGCUUCCUGACCAGCUGUCAUACUCAAGUGGCGAGCAAUAAUUGUAAGCUGGAAAGCGGGAUAUUUCGGCUUGGAUAUUCCUACUUCCGAGUAUACUUGCA